GGUGUGAGGACACCAUGACAGUCACAGUGGUUUAUGAUAACUCUGAGGCAACAGAGCUCUGUGCUGCUCAGCACCUCUACCUCAAGCCCAUAGCAAAAUUAAUGAUCAACGUAUUGCUCCCAGAAUGUAUAGAACCCGUGAGGCCCUUCUCUAACUGGGAAGUUCUUGACCAACUGAAAAGUCUGAUUUGCCCUGACCAGUUUACCACAGUGCGACUCUCCAAGAGUACAAAAGAUUUCAUCCGAUUUGAGGGUGAGGCUGAAACCCGAAGUUUGGUUCAGAUCCUGAAAGCGAAGCUACAUGGGAAGAUCAUCAAGCUAAAUGGCUUGAAAACUGACUUAAAAGUAGUGGCUACAGAUGCCCAGGGAGAGUGGGAACACUUCCCCAAAGAGAAAGAGGCCUCAGUGGUUGCGGGAGCUGAAGAACAAGACCAUGGUAAGAGCCCAGAUUCCAUCUACUUUGAAGGCUUGCCCUGUAAGUGGUUUGCACCGAAAGGUUCCAGUGGAGAGAAGCCCUGUGAAGAGAUCCUUCGAGUAGUCUUUGAGAGUUUUGGGAAGAUCAAGAAUGUGGAUAUCCCCAUGCUUGACCCCUACAGAGAAGUGAUGACAGGUGGGAGCUUUGGGGGUUUUAACUUCGGCUUGCAAACAUUUGAAGCCUUUAUCCAAUACCAAGAGUCAACUGACUUUAUCAGAGCCAUGGAAUCCCUUCGAGGAAAGAAGCUGAUGCUGAAAGGAGACGAUGGCAAAGCUCUGGCGUGUAACAUUAAGGUUAUGUUUGAUACAACCCAGCAUUUCAGUGAAGGAGCUAUACAGAGGAGGAAUCAGGAAAGGCUAAAAUUACAAGAGCUGGAGGAAGAAAGGAAAAAAGAAAAGAAGAGAGAAGAAGAAGUAGCUGAAAGAAAAAGAAAAGACGAAGUAAGAAAAGCCCAAGAGAAGAGAAAGAAGGCCAGGGACAGGAGGCGAGCUCUGAAGGAAAGAGACAGACACCGGCAAAGAAAGGACAAGGUGAAAGCCAAGGCUGAGGCUCGUCAGGAGCUGGAUUCUUCAGAGGAGUGGGAGGAGCGGAAGUACUUGCUGGCUCAGAGGCGUGUUGAGGCCCUGCGUUUGCUCCGGGUACUCCUGAAGAAAAUUGCAGUUUGGGUGAAAAGGGAGAAGAACCUCGAGCCUUGUCAGGCUCAUAUUAGCCUUGUCCUGAACUAUCUGGGAUCCACACAGUGUAACCCACAGGAGGUUGAUGUUAUGAAGCCUGAAGCGCCUCACACCCCGGGGACUGCAUUGAAAGCUCCAGAGGAAGAAGAAUUAAACACUGUACAUCUUCUGGAUCAGGAAGAAAGGCCAAGUUAUCAGGUUCCCAAGUCUAACAGGAAACAAAAACAAAAAGCAAAGAAAAGAACUAAGGCCCAGUUACAGAAAUCUUCACACAGCCCCGGGAUGAAACAAAUAAAAUACUCAACCAGAAAAGAGGAAACUGAGAAAGUGCUGACUGGUGGGUGUGAUCACAGUUCGUUCUCUGACCAGAAUCCCUUGCAGAGUACAAUGAAUCCUGACGAAUCCCUUGAAAAAGAAGACCACAGAAGUUCUAAUGAAUCACAUUCUUCUAGACAAGUUGGGAUAAACCAUGGCAGGAAACAGAAGAUCUAUGAAACAGAUGAAUUUAUUGACUAUCUCUUAAACUAUUAUCAGACUCCAGAAUAUGCCCGAUUCUGCUUCGAAGCAAGUCACCUAACAAGCACAUGUCAGUGGCAGAGAGAUGUCUACGCCAAGGGGGAUGGGUUUCAGAUUAACUUGAGAAAGCAGAGGUGCCACUCAACUAGUCUGAGUGAAGUGGAGAGCCUGGAAGGGAAAGAACAGGAUCAAGAGCAGCACUGGCCAAAGGUGUAUAUGAAGGAUCCUGAGAACAAGUCAGAAAAGACAGGGCAGGUCAAUUAUGCCAAAGAAUUUACUAAGAAAUUAAAAAACCAUUGCAAGGACAUAGCAAGUGAAACUGAAGAUCACCUGUCCCCAACUGAUGGAGAAAGCUAUCCUGUGGAAAAGAUUCACAACCACAGAGUCAAAGAUUCUCAACACACAAGAAAAAGUCCAGUUCCCUCGUCGUUAAGGUCAGUAGACGUGGGUUUGCCAUUGGCAGACUUCUUGGAGGAGAUUAGCAGUGAUUCUGAGUGCUUCAGUGAAACUCUUAGCAUAAACGAAGAGGAGGAAGAAAGGUCUGUGGCUGUACCUCUUGGUACUGACAAAAUCAUGAAUUGCAAGCAGAAAUCUAGGCCAAGUCAGCAGACCUUGUAUUCAGAGUGCAAGCACGAGAGUGAGGAAAAAUCCUCUAAACGCAAAGGUAGGGCUCCAGGUAAAAGGUCCAAGUAUGAACUGAGAUAUUCAUGGCUUGAGGAUGAAUGUGAUUCCGUUCGAGUUGACAAGAACACAAGCAAACCCAGAGAAAAAAUAGCUCCCAAAUCCAUGUUUGACGAAGGCUACUACCAUGAAUCGAGUUCCAGUGAUGAAUUAGAGAGCAUCGCAAGAAAGAGGAGGAGGGUCACCAGUGGUGCGUUUGGCCAGAAUGUGAAAUACAGACCCUUUCAUAUGCCAUUAAUGCCACCAAAACGUGCUAGAGCUUUCUAUUUGGGAUACUUCUCCAGAAAAAGGCAGAAUCCUUGGAAGUCAGAAUAUAACCAGGAUGUCAGAAGGUUUAAAAGAUAUGAAAGUUCUGAAGAUUACAUGCUUGAUUCUGGUAAUUAUUAUGUUAGUCAUGAUGACAACCAGGAGCACAUUGAGUAUGGAAGCUACUUGGGAGACAGCUACUCUGACUCUUUUUAUUUUAAAAUGUUCUGAUGGCCACUUUGAUCAGGAACACCCUUAUUUACAAGAAACAACUGGCGAAAAGAAAAACUUCAAACCAAAUAUAGCUAUGUUGUUAGCAACCACAGACUAAGAACUAGAAGAGGGUCAAGUGCAAAAGCUUGUUCCUCUUGCCAAAGUUUCAAGUGUGGAUCAAAAUGAUGGCAGGUAUGCCAGCAAGCUUUGGAAAUAGAAAACCUGCAGGUUCUGAAGCUUGGUGAAACAAUGUAAUUGCAAAACUUCAUGAUCGGAGGACAGAUUUUAUUUCAAGCUUUAAUUUGGUACCAGUAAAGGAGCAGACUAGCAUUAAGAAGGCUGACUAACCUUCAGUGGCUCUUUUGCUGUCAUAACAUCAUGCAUCAUCUGUUUUCAAAGAGGACAAUGGUGGACAAAUGGGCAUCUUUUGAUGUGUUCGUAGAUUUGGUCAGAAGCACUAUGUAUGGUAACAAACUUUCCUGAAUUUUACUUCAUAACAAUUCUAGAUAAAGGAGAGAUCCAGAGGCUAGAACCUAUGAUAGAUUUCAUGGCUUUAGAAUUUCAUGAAUACCCACCUGAAGGAAAUGAAUAUAUUCACAGUACUCGAAGAGGAAGAAUCUAAAAGGGCCGAUUGCCCUUUGAUGGGUAAAUAGAUGGGACCAUUAGAAUUUUUCUUGUUUGUUUUAUGAACCCCAUAUCUUUCCAUACAAAAAUAAAGCACCAGGAUAGAAUUUAUAAAAUCAGGGGGAUUUGCAAAAGGAAAUAUCAAAAAAUCCUGGAGCAUCAAUAAUGGCACUUGGGAAGAAAAGUUUUGACAGUAUUCUAUUUCAGGCUAUGUAAUCCUUUCACUCAGGGUUGGGUGACAUCAGUUUGUAAAAAGUCACUGAAUAUCCCCCAAACUGACUUUUAUAAAACAGUAGCAAGUGCCUCCUCUGUCCUUAACAAUGCCACGGAGUUAGGAAGAAUUAAAAGAAAAGUCCAUAGUUUUCUAGCUGUGGAAAAAUUGUAUGUGUGCAGAAUUUGUAAACAAUGUUAAAUAAGCAAUUUAUCUUUUUGCUGACUCAUUUUGGACUUCUUAAAUACGUUUUUAAAUUGAGAUAUUUGUAGAUUCCUGAAGACUUACCCUUAGUGCAGUGCACGUUCUGUAGAAAGCUUGGCCGACUCUUUCUGCCUUACAUUGGAUUCAGGACCUCAGGGCAGUUAGUUGACCUUCAUUUUCCCAGCAAAGCUAUACCUGACCUGGCAAUUGGUGAUUAGUGCAAUUAGAGACUGCCUGCAACAGGAAUAGUUGUUUGGAAUCCACAGACGCAGUGAAGGGCAGCAAUUUCCUUUCAGUCUCCAUUUGACAUUCUGCAGGAACGCAUCAGCUAGUGGAGGCAGGCAGGAUGCCAGUCAGUGGGGUUGCUUACCAUCGUGUGUCACAUUGUGUGCCCAUAAACUGCCUCUUGAGCAGCCUUGUGUCUGAAACGGUUACAGAAUCUUAUGAUGUACCUGAAGUAAAAGCCGCAGGUUGUUUCAUUGAUCUGCAUAUUCCUAUUUGAAGAGAGGUAUGUUCAACCACUUCAAAGUCCAGAAAGGAGUGUUACAGAUCCACAUGUAUCACUAAUAUAAAAACAAAUGAAUAUUGUGCUGCCUCUCAUGUUGAAUCCCACUUUCAAGCCAGUGGUUGGUUUCACUGUUAAAACUAGGUUUGACUUGUCCAAUCCAAAAGAUUGCUCACGGGUUGAGAGUGCCUUUUUUUGUUUUGUUUUUGAGGACUAGCAAUGACUUCAUGACUAUUCAUGUUCAAAGUACUGUUGCCCAAAGUAGCCUUCGAAAUUACAGCUCAUAUUUUGUCAGACAGUUUUCUGGCAACAUAUUAUUCUCCUCCAAUAAAAAUCUGCCAACCCCCCCACCAUUUUAUUCCAUUGAAACGAAAUACAUUAUGGGUCUGUAAUAGAAAACAGCUGACUGUUUUCAAACAAACAAACAAACAAAACCCACUCAACUUCCCUCAUUUGAUAAUUUUUCUUGAGAGAUUUUAGGCAUUUUUGCUCAGUAAAAAAAUAAAAAUAAAAUUGCAGAGUUCAGCAGCAUGUGCAGAGUUUUUUCUGUAAUAGAUGCAGCACUUUUGUCCUGUUCGAUUUGUUUGCUGAAUGCUCUCCUGGGGCCACUUUUGCUGAACCCCGGAGUUUCGUAUCCGUCUGUGGUAAUGCAUUGUAGAUUGGUGUCCACCUCUUUUCGGUGUAGGCCUUACACAAGAAACGUAAUCGCUACCUUUGUGCUUGUCAUUCAGCGGCUUAGGAAAGAAUGUAAUGGGACAAACUGUUACGACUACUUUUCUUCUGGAUAUUGUUGUUAAGUUGUGAAAAGUAUUUUCUCGUAUCUUCUUUUUGUCUUAUCAAACAAGGGCCGGAGUUGUUUUUAGUUAAAUAGGGGUCUUUGUAUGCUUUCCUUGUAUGUGCUGCUAAUCCUGUAAAGGAAAAGCCUGUAAAUGUACUUUGUUCAUUUGUUUGAAUUUCUCAGGUAGAAAGCCAUGUAACCUAGGUAAUUUGAAAACACAACCAAAUCAAUGUGUUUUUGUUGCAAAACUGUUUAAUGUGUUGAUUUUAAAAUAAA